CGCAGCUAGAGUUGUCCGUACUGUUUACCAGCGGACUUUUCGAGGAACCCAAAAAAACAAAACUCUGUUUACACUCCUCUUUGUUAUAGCCGUCUUCACCAACCCCGAACGUCACUCUCCAUUAUUUAACAGUAGCCGUCUCUACCAAUUCUCAACGAAAAGCACAAUUUUCACAGACCAAAAAGACGAGGCCACUCUAAAAAAAUGGCAGCAAGUUCCAGUUUGUUGAAGCUAAACGCCUCUUCAUCUUCAUGGAUCGGUCAACAAUCGUUUAAUCAACGGUCCGGAUCUUCCUGCCGUUUGCCUUCUUCUACUCGCCGUGUUAACGUUAUCCGCGCCGGAUCUUACACCGAUGAGCUCCUCAAAACUGCCAAAACUAUUGCAUCUCCUGGAAGGGGCAUCCUUGCCAUUGAUGAAUCAAACGCAACUUGCGGAAAGAGACUGGCGUCAAUUGGUCUGGACAAUACAGAAGCAAACAGACAAGCUUACCGUCAACUCUUGUUGACCACUCCUGGCCUAGGUGAUUACAUUUCUGGUGCCAUUCUAUUUGAGGAGACACUUUAUCAGUCAACUACCGAUGGGAAGAAGAUGGUUGACUGCUUGCGCGAGCAGAAUAUUGUACCUGGGAUCAAAGUUGAUAAGGGUUUGGUACCCCUACCAGGAUCCAAUGAUGAAUCUUGGUGCCAAGGGUUGGAUGGAUUGGCUUCUAGGUCUGCUGAAUACUACAAGCAAGGGGCCCGUUUUGCUAAGUGGAGAACAGUUGUUAGCAUUCCUUGCGGUCCUUCUGCUUUGGCGGUAAAAGAAGCAGCCUGGGGUCUUGCUCGAUAUGCUGCUAUCUCUCAGGACAAUGGUCUAGUGCCAAUCGUCGAGCCUGAGAUUCUUCUUGAUGGAGACCACCCAAUAGAAAGAACACUUGAAGUUGCUGAACGUGUUUGGGCAGAAGUCUUCUACUACCUUGCAGAAAACAAUGUUGUUUUCGAAGGAAUUCUGCUUAAACCUAGCAUGGUUACUCCUGGGGCUGAACACAAAGAGAAGUCUUCUCCAGACACUAUUGCUAAGUACACACUCAAAAUGCUGAAAAGGAGAGUUCCUCCUGCUGUUCCAGGAAUCAUGUUCCUCUCGGGGGGACAAUCCGAAGUGGAAGCGACACUCAACCUCAACGCCAUGAACCAGAGCCCCAACCCAUGGCAUGUGUCCUUCUCAUAUGCACGUGCACUCCAGAACACCGUGCUUAAGACAUGGCAAGGUCGUCCUGAGAAUGUAGAUGCUGCACAAAAGGCACUCUUGAUUCGUGCAAAAGCAAACUCCUUGGCUCAGCUUGGAAAAUACUCCGCAGCAGGUGAAAGCGAGGAAGCUAAGAAAGGAAUGUUUGUUAAGGGCUACACCUACUAAGCACCCCGCUUUUGCUGCAACUUUAUGUACUUUCCAGUUUUUUAUCGUUUGCUAGAUUUGAAUGCUGAAGAGAGUUUAGUGGCGGACUAAUUGCUCUUUCUUCUUUUUGAUCUCAAAUUAGUGUACUUGAUUAAUAAGCUGCAAGGGGUGAUUCGUCGAAACACAAUCCUAGAAAUGCUCGGGUUUAUACUUUAUAUAUGAGGGACAUGUAUGUCUACAAGAAUGUUUAGAAUACCUUGUAUUAUCCCUAUAUUGAGAACUCUUUAAAUUAUGCAAUCUUUUUCCAAGCGCUCAUUGAUUUCAAA